AUGUCGACCGACAAGGUCGACAUUUCUCUGCAAUCCACUGGAUCACAACCAGACAUCUCUCUCGGAUCACUCGACUCCAGUUUCUCUCCACCUCGACUGCCAUCUAAUACGUCCAACGCGAAUCCUUUGGCCACUCCGGUUGUUCAACAGAAGGGUGAUUAUUCACGGAGAAAUGUUGGCGCGUCAACUUAUCUCGAUGAGACGGAUGCCGAUUUUAUGGACACUCCAGGUACCUCAAAGCCACGAUGGAGUGAGGACGCCACCGAGACGCCAGCUGUGCUACGCGCAAAACGCAAAUCUGGUGCCAAGGGUGCUCUGACUCUCAGAGAUCAGGAAAAGCACAUUGACCACCUCAAGAAGGAGAACUUUGAUAUCAAGAUAAAGUGCCACUUUCUUGAGGAACGCCUCGCGCAGCUCGCUCCCGACCAGAUGGAUGCCGCUUUGAAGCAGAAUAUCGAUCUCAAGAUAGAGCUGUCGGCGCGUGGGCAGGAAAUUAAGCGUUUGAAGAAACUCCUACUUGAACUCGAGCGAGAGCUGGAGAGGAUGCAGCGCGGUGCAGGUGGUGCUCGUGGUCGAGAAAGAGAGUUGGAAGAGAAACUGGAGGAACGAGAUCGCGACAUCCGAGAAUUACGGCGACGGCAACAGCAUCAGAAUGGUCACGGACAUGACGAACGGACUGCUGAGCUGGAAGAGCAAUUGGAGGACGCCCGAGAUUUGCUGGAAGAGAACAACGCGGAGAUUGAGCGUCUAAGGGAUAUGGUGGAGUCUGGUGGGGAUCCCGGGGACAGCCAGCUGAAGCAGCGCGUUGCUGAAUUGGAGGCAGCGAAUGAAGAGUGGCAACAGCGGAUGCAGAACAUGGCAGAUGACUAUGAAGAAGAGAAGCAGGAGCUGGUUGGAUCGAUAGAGUCGAUGAGCUUGAAGAUCGAGAAACUCCAGCACAGGAACGAGGCGCAGAUGCAGGAGAGGAGUGAGAGCCGCGCCAUGAUGCUCGAUGAAAGAGAGCAAAGAGAGGCUGUCGAGGACGACUUGAACCAAGUCAAAGAUCGCCUGGCUGCUGCAUUGAUCGAGCUUCAGCAAAAAGACGACGAAAUCGACUUGAAAAACGAGGAACUGGACAACUUGGUCAUUCAACACGAGAAUAUUGUUGAGCAGUGGCGAGGAGAGGUAGAGGAGACGAGAAGUCAAGUGGAAGAAUUACGGGACGUCCUCGCUGAACGUGAUGCUGAAUCGAAAGAUCUACGACUCAAUAUCAACGAACUGGAGGCCAAUACCGAGGAUCUGCAUACCAAGUUUGAGGCUGCGUUGGGUCAUCUGGAGCAAGAAGCAGAGGAGAAGGAUAACGAAAUUGAGACUUUGACCGAGGCUGUCAAGGAGCUUGGUGAACAGGUCUACAAUUUGGAGGAUGAGCGGGAUCGCAUACGUGACGCAGCAGAUCGGCUACGAGAGGACGACGAAGCAGAGAAGGAGCGUCUGGAGGCUAUUCAGACCGCACUCAAAGAGAAACUAUCCCAGGUGAAAGCUCAACUUCAAGAGAUGACCGAAGCAUAUGAGACAUGCAGCCGAGAAAUACAUGCGCAUCGUGCACGACAAGAGGAACUCGCGCAACAUGUCGAAGAAUUAGUCGAAGAAGUAGAGCGUGAACGUGAAGCGCGCGAACGGUCGGAAAAUGCGUUGGAGGAAGUCGAGAAGAAAGGUGAAGCUGAUCUUCGACGUGAGCGACGAGUGUUGGAAGCGAAAGAAAGUGCGCUCCAGAGUGCGCUGAAUGAUCUUUCACGCGCACAGUCCCUCUUGAGCCAGAGGGAAACGGAUCUUCAGGCUGUUCAGACUGCUCUGCGGACGCUGGAGUCUGAGUCCAAGCGUGCCGGAGAGACGCACACAACCGCACAGUUCUCCUUGCAACUCGAGGUUGAUCGUCUCAAACGAGACCUUGAGCGAGUUGAGGAUGAGUUGGCUCGGGCGAGGAAGGAACUUAACGAUAGGGAGAGCAAGGGUCGCGAUAGAGACAGUGAUUUGGAUAAGUUGCACGGCGAAAAUAGGGAGCUGUCGAUGCAGCUUGCUGCUCAGACGCAGGCGCGGUUGAAUCUGUCUGAGAAAUUGGACACGGUCCAAAGUAAUUUACGCGCGUCAGAGGCAGAGGUUGCCACAUUCAAGGCAAGAGUUACUGAAUUGGAGGCGAGGUUAGGGAAGGACCAGCGGUCGUUGUUGAAUGCCGAGAGUCAAUACCGGGAUCAGCUCACAGAAAGAAACACGCUUUUACUGACGAUCUACCAAUAUAUGGACAAGAUAUGGGCGUCGAUAAGACACCUUGCCGCAGAAAAAGGCGGGCAUGCAGAGACAAAGCCGUUCACGAAUUUCAGCGUCUUCCAUGACAAUCUGAUAACUCGGCUAAAGGCACUCAGCCAAAUCCAGCUGGACUUUGACAAGCGAUGUAAGGAGGUAGAAGGACGGUAUAUGGAGAAACUUACGGACAUGCGGAAACAGCUCGAUACACGGUGGAAGCAGAUUGAUAAGUUCGAGAUGAGUGUCAAAGCGUAUGCCGAGGUCAAAGCUGGUUGGCGGCGCAAGUUCAGCGCAAAGGAAGGCGAGCUGGAAGCAAUCAAGACAACGAACGCCGAGAUGGCGGCACAGCUGGCGAGUAUGAGGCGUCCGGGUCAAACUGACUCGAUGGAAAUCCGGUCGCUGAGCACGCGCGCGGUGAACGCUGAACGACGGCUUAACAAUGCGCAGAACCAGCUGUUAGCAACAGAGGAGAAGAUGGCCCAGAUGAGCCAGAAGAGUUCUGCAGCGGAUUCAAAGUGGGAGGCAAGGGUGAAAGAGUAUGAGACGCGGUUGAAGGCUGCUGAAGAGAGAGUGAAGAGAGAAAGACAGGGCGGCAAGGAAAGAGUUGCGGAGCUGGAGAGUAGUAUCAAGGCCCUGCAACGGCAGCUGGAUCUAGCACAGAGGAGGAGUCACCAGUUGAACGAUGUUAUUGAUGCUAAUAGGGCCGCCGGUUCUCCUGGCAGUAAUUCCCCACGAUAG